AUGGACGAGGAGGAGCACGUCUUCGAUGAGGUCAAGCGGCUCUUCCACGCCAUCGCUGGGGGCAGGAGGCGCAUCGAGCUCCCCGACUUCCUGCGGCACUUCCGGAGGGGGGCCCUGGCGCUGGAGCCCGAGCCGCCGACAAGCGCAGUGGACCGAUCGCGCGCGCGGGUGCUGGUGCUCGAGGCGGGCUUCGGCCGGGCGGGCAACACGGGGCGCAGCGCCGUGCUGGAGCAGGCGGGCUACCAGCUGCGCUGGGCCAGCCUGGCGCCGGCAGAGCUGGGCGUCAGCGGCGCGCCCACGGCCCCGCAGCUGGAGGGCAUCAGGGAGCAGAUCGCCGACUUCCAGCCGGACGUCGUCGUCGCUGCCGCCGCCGGCACCGCAUGCGUGGCCGCCCUCUGGGGCGCGGGGUGCUGGGCGGGACCGACGGUGCUCGUCGACGUGCACCCCAGCUGCAGGAGAGCUUGCCGGCGGGGGUCCCCGUCGUGCUGGCGGGCGGCCCGCGCGGGUGGGCGCACGCGCAGGCGCAGGCGCAGCUGGAGGCCUUGCUGGCCACGGGCUCCAGGAGCGACUGCUUCCUGUACCGCGCGGCCGCCCCCCGAGCGCGGCUGCUGGCGCCGCCGGGCCAGCAGGGGAGCGCCAGCGGCCAGGAGGACACCCUGUGCCUCCACGAUUGCCUGCCGCGCCUCGUCGAUGCGGCGAUGUGCCCCGAGGGGCCCGAGGUGCACGUGCUCCGCAGCUGGCGCGCCCAGCUCGGCGGCGAGCGCUGCGAGGCGGAGCGGCAGCUGGGGUACGGCCCCGAGCGCCUGCGCCGCCGGUGGCGCUCGCCAGGCGGCCGGGGCAUGGACGACCAGAAAUUGUUCGGAGUGCCGCCCACGAGCGACGAGUUUCGCCUCGUGGAGGCGACCUUCCGGGCCCCGCCGCGCGAGGCGCCGGGCUGCGGCGACGGCGCGCAGGAGAGGAGUGGGCCAGGGUCAGGGUCACGGCGGUGCACCGCGUCGAGAACGGGGGGGCGUUCGAGCGGAGCACGAAGCCCUACCACGAGUCCGUGCGCAGGUCCUUGGAGGACCAGGGUAUCGAGUUCGAGCCGGGGACCCACACGUGCUGGGCAUUCCACGGAGCGGACGCGGCCACCACCCAGACCAUCGUCAACGAUCCUAUCACCGGGCGCCGCUUGCGGCCUCUGGCACCAGCGGGGGCUCCGCCCCCUGGGGCUCCGGGACCUACUUCGCGCGGGACGCCAGGCGCGCCGUCGCCGGAGGCCUCUGCCCCCGCGCCGCGGACGGCACCCGCAGCGUGCUGCUGUGCCUGCUGACGACGGGCGUGCCGUGCCUCGGGGAUCCACAGCACCGGGGCGUGCUGCCGAUGCGGCACAGCCCGCACCGGUACAACUGCGCCGUGGACAGCCUGUCCAGCCCCGAGACCUACGUGCUGCAGCACCCAGGAGCGGCGCAUGCAGCUUACCUCAUCACCUUCGCCCCAGAGGGCAGCCCCGCGGAACCCGCCGGCCCGUGA